AUGUCGUCAAAUAUCGUCAAAUGUCAACUAUUAGACGUAAAAAACAAUGCAUUAAUUUUACAAAAGUGCAAGAAUCUUGGAGACUCCUUCCAAACAAACUUAAAAUUUGUCCAGCAUUAUGAAAACAUUGUAUGACUUAUUAGUAGCAGUCGAGAGAGAAAUAGAUGCUACAUUAUCCUAGCAAAACAGCCAAACCAAACUAAGACCGCAUACGCGUUUUAACAAUACUUUAUAGUGGAUAUCGGCUUGACCAGUUAUGCUGUUGAGACCUAGGCUAAGCAAGCAUCUCCAGAACAAAGCAAUGACUUAUACGAGCGAUGCCUUGAGACCGUUUCAUAAAAAAUUGUACUUUUUCAGACUUAUAAUAAUAUUAUGACUAACUGGAAAUGUGUUGAAAAUAAUAAAAUAAG